UAUUUUAGGCCGAUCCUGAACGAAAAUCGGCUAUGCGACCGCCUUGUUUGAUUAGCCUUAGCCUGCAGGCUGCAGCAAAACCCCCGCCAUUUCAUUCCGUUGAUAAACCCACAGUGGCCCUUCAACCCUAACCCUUGAUGUUACUUCUAGCUCGCAUCUCCCUCCAGAAACCACCAAUUCCCUCUCCCUCCCUAGCGUUAAUCGCUCGUCAUCUUUCUACCGCCUCAACCUCUUCAAAACUCCAUGACCACUACUCGUUUAAACCCCCACCCUCCCUCUCUCCCGAAAUCCCUCAGAAACCUAAUCCAACUCCCAGGAAAAAGCGAAAGCCCUUAUAUCGUCCACCUUCCUCGCUUGACCCGAUUGCCACAAAGCUCACCCACUCCGAUCUUCCCUUUGAUUUCCGGUACAGUUACACGGAGAGCAGCCUGACGGUAAGGCCCAUUGGGCUUAGGGAGCCUAAGUACUCGCCAUUUGGUCCAGGCCGUUUGGACCGAGUAUGGACCGGUGUUUGUGCCCCGGCCGUUGACCCGAAGGUGAAGUCAUUGGAAGGGAAGGACUAUCCGAAUUUGGAGGAGAAGAGGAGGAUGAUGAGACAGGAAAUUCAAGGGGAGCCGCUUAACAACGCUGAGAGGAAGAUUCUGGUGGAAAAUUGUCAAAGGAAUAGAACCAAGAAGCAAAUUAACCUCGGGAGAGAUGGUUUAACCCACAAUAUGCUGAAUGAUAUCCAUAAUCAUUGGAAGCACACUGAAGCAGUCAGGAUUAAGUGUCUAGGUGUUCCCACUGUUGACAUGAAAAAUAUAUGCACCCAACUUGAGGAUAAAACCUUUGGGAAGAUCAUCUACAGACAUGGUGGUCUAUUGGUGUUAUAUAGAGGCAGGAACUAUAAUCCUAAGAAAAGGCCUAAAAUUCCAUUGAUGAUGUGGAGACCUCAUGAACCCAUAUAUCCCAGGCUAAUCAAAACUACAAUUGAUGGCCUGAGCAUUGAGGAAACAAAAGAAAUGAGGAAGAGAGGACUAACUGUUCCUGCUUUAACAAAACUUGCAAAAAAUGGUUAUUAUGGUAGUCUGGUACCCAUGGUCAGAGAUGCUUUACUCGCCAAUGAGCUGGUUCGGAUAGACUGCCGGGGCCUUGAGAAGAGUGAUUACAAGAAAAUAGGCUGCAAACUAAGGGACUUGGUUCCAUGUAUCCUUGUAACAUUUGAGAAGGAGCAAAUUGUUGUGUGGCGAGGGAAGGAUUAUAAGCCUGCAGUAGAUGAACUCUUGUUUACUGAGAGAAAAUUCUUUGAUGAUCCUGAGAGCAGUGGGGUUUAGAUUGAAAGAGAGUUGUAGCUCAGAUUAGAGCAGCUGUUAGCAAGAGUACUGCUCUAGCGAUGAUGAGUAGUUGCUUGCUCCAGUUUCACAUGUUUUUGCUGGAGUUGAUGCUUGUGUUCUCCAAUUUGGAAUUUGAACAGAUCUAGAGGAUGCUCAACAAUCGAAGGACUGGAGUGAGCAGUUGCAGUAAUAGAUACCAGAUUGAUUCAUUAUUAAUUGUGAUUUUUGACCUAUUUCUCCCUCUGGUCUUCCACCCAGCAAAAGGAAAAAUGAGGGGAACAAAAGAAGUAAAAGAAAUUGAAAAAUUGAAAGGAAUGCUUGUAAACGAGACGGAUAUAUUUGGAUUGGAUGAAUAUUGGGGGCCAUUGAAUUAUGGUAUAGAUUUUGGGAAUGAUAAUGUAAUGUUGUGCAGAACACAGCCAUUAUGGUGUCAUGUGUUGGGUGAAAGUUGAGGGCUGGGGUGAGAUCUGAUCGAAGAAAUCUGAUUUUGGCAUGUGGAUCCCCAAAUGGAGUCUCGUGACUUGGCUUUGGCUUU